AUCGAAGGAGCCACUUGCCAUAAAGGAUUGAAUAUUAAGAUUCUGCAGUUACAACCAUCUGAACCUCUACACCAUUCAUCCAUUCACAAUAUGUCCACUGUUGAUACAGUGUCACACCAUCCUCUCGUGCAGCAACUGCGUGAAGAGGCGUCCGAGGCUGCCCGGCUCAGCGGACAGGCUCUGGCGUCGCUCGCAUGGCUUUGGCCAAUUCGAGGAAUCAUUUAUACAGUAACGCAUCCUCAGGUUGUCUUGUCUGUGCAUAAGGCGCUCCUAACAUCCUUAAUCACUUCGACCAUCAUCUUCCUCCUUCUCGCGUUCUUCACGUAUAUCCCUCAAGCUGCCUUCCUUUCCAUCUUCACAGGACUAUUCAUCGGCCCAGUGCUCGCCCUAUUGCUCAUUGGGGCCGAGUCAGUCUUCUUCAUCACUUUCUUCGCACGCGCUCUCUUCCUAGAGCCGGCUCUUUCCCAAGUGUUUGACGCAACACUUGUAUCUAGAGGACAGAGUGGCUUAGUGCGAGACGGAAAGACAAAAUAUGCAAGUAGUGGCAAGAAGGAAGGCAUCGAAGGCGCCCUUGUACGACCUUUCCAGGCGCUGUCACGAGACGGGUUUGUUAAAUACUUGGUUACACUUCCCCUGAAUUUCGUGCCUGUCAUAGGGACCGUUGCAUUCUUAUUCUUGAAUGGGUAUCGUGGUGGACCAGGUUGGCACGCGAGGUAUUUCCAGUUGAAAGGUUGGGACGUGAACCAACGCAAACGGUUCAUCCAGAAGAAACGAGCAGAGUAUACAGCAUUCGGCAUGAUGACCCUGCUCUUCACCUUCAUUCCACUUAUAGGCCUCGUGUUCAGCUUCACGAACACUGUUGGCGCUGCACUGUGGGCUGCGGAGAUGGAAGCACAGGAGAAUUUGAUCGAUAAACCUCAGACACAGGAAAAUGCGGAGUCAACUCAGAGCGAGAGUUCGAGGGAUAAAGCAAAGUCCGAUUGACGAUUGGCACGUACUAAUGACUGGCUCCUAGUCUCAUGAUGAUGAGUAAAAUACGAUGUUAUCAUCACAGAAUUAACAUAUCCAUCAUUACGGUCAGAUACAGUAUCGCGCGGAAGUGAUAGGUAUGUAUAUGAGGGCCCGUGCUGAUUGAUGCAGUGUGUGCUUCAUGAAAAUACAAGGAGUUGCUUCGA